UUUUUUUGCCAGGCUCGUCCUGACUAACGUCAAGCACAAGUGAUAGACAUUUCCUUCUCGUCUCUGAGAUGUAACUACGAAAAAGCUCUGACUUCAUUCACAACUAAAGAUUUUUUUCUAGACUGGUGUAAUGAGGAAAGAAAGCUGUGAUUUCAGGCACAACUGAUAUUUCGUACUAGACACACUUAGGUCUGGGUCUAGUUCUGAAGGUCAAAUCACAAACAUCACGUGAGGUACGCACGGCCAGACUCGGAACCCGUCCGCAUUCUGUUUCUCAUAAGGACUCUUAUGCAGUCUAGGUCGCUUUCUGAAGGUCAAAGUCAAGGUCCCUAAUAUCAGGCGGGAUACGCAUUGGCACCAGCCUCAUAAAGGGAACCUCCACUGUGUAUUUGGUCUGAAAGUCUGCAGCAAAUUUUGGGUAUAUUUCCUGAGGUCAAAGUCGAGGUCGGGGUCACACACGCGUUCUCAUACUCCUAAGGAAAGUACUGUAUGUCUUCCUGACAACGUUCUCUGUGUGUUUCUUUUGUUGUUUGGAUUUCCUAAGGCCAAGGUCGGGGUCACACACGUCACGUAAGAUGCGCGUUCUCAGACUCCUAAGGCAAGUACUGUAUGUGAUCUUGAUGACGUUAUCUGUGUGUCAACUUCUUUUGUUGUUUCGAUUGUUGGGUCAACUAGAAGUAGAAGUAGUGGACGUGUCGCAGAGCCACGGCUGGGGCAGACCCACAACGCUUCCAGGCCCGUCAGUUUCUUCAAACGCCGGUCGUCCGGCAAGCAACGCUUCUCCGGGCGACCCAGUCCAGCCGGAGAGUGGAUCUUGGGAUUCACUUGGUUGUGCAUCUAGAAUUAUAUAUCCGGACAACUUUACUACCGAACGGACUUCGCGAUCCAUCGACAGGUUCAUGGUUAUGUCCGGUCCCGGUCGCCUCGGUAACAAAAUGUUUCGUUACGCGUCUCUCAUUGGCAUCGCCCACCGAAAUGGAUACGAGUCUUACGUGUUCGAUAAGGAUUUGUUAGUUAGGGUAUUCAAAAUCUCUCAUGUGCGUCCCUACGAAGACUAUGACCUUCCGGAACUCGGCGAACACAGCUCGUCCCAGUACGAUAACUGUCUGGAAAUUUUACCCCGCAAUCAGAGUUAUCGCCUCGUCGGAUAUUACCAGUCGUGGCGGUAUUUCAAAAAUGUGGAAUCGGAAGUGAAAUGGGAAUUCCGGUUCCAGGAUGAUAUAAUGCAACAGGUGCGGAAAUUCUUCGACAGUUCUAGGUUCAGAAACAGAACCACGGUCGGCGUCCACGUACGGCUCGGGGACAUGACCUCUAAAGUGGCCAGACGACAGGGAUACACGGUCGCGUCGAAGGAAUACUUACUCCGUGCUAUGGCGUAUUUCAGAAAGAGGUAUUUUGACGCUCUUUUCGUGGUCUGUUCUAACGAAGUGGGUUGGACUAAGAAAAACAUUGUUGGCGGAGAUAUCGUUUACCACCACAAGGACGCGUUCACUGAUAUUGCGGUGCUGGCAAACUGCCAACACAGCAUCAUCUCGACUGGUACUUACGGUUGGUGGGCAGCCUGGUUGGCGGGAGGGGAGACGAUCUAUUAUAGUAAUUUCCCCGCCAAAAAUACUUGGCUGAGAUCACAGUACAAGAAGGAGGAUUACUUCCCACCAUCUUGGAUUGGAAUGGGGGAUGAAUAGGAACUAACCGCGAGAAACAACGACCUCGACGGAAAAA